UUUCCGAAAGCAGAAUUACUCACUUACGUUAUUCAUAAUAUACCUAAAACAAUGCCAACAACUAUUCAUCAAUUACCUUUUUCUACCCCUAAAAUUGCUCCAAGCCAGCAAACCUCACUAAAUACACUUAAGAACGACAAAAGAUUAUACUACACAUUUAAUUAUGUUAGAUUUUUAAUCUUGGCACUCUCCACAAUUUGUCUUUCCUUAACUGUUGGGAGCUCUUUAGCUUUUAAUUUUACGGUAAAAAAUUCUCUCGGUUUUUCAAAAAAAUUUUUAAAUUAA